CUUCCGACUUCAACUGUUCAAAUAUAUAUAUUUGAGAACUAACAAUCAGCUAAGUAAAAGCUAGACAGGGAGAAUUGAAAAUUCCAAAAUCAAUGUAUUUAGCAGUAUUGAUUUUAUGUUUGUGCAAAUUAGUUUUGAAACAGCAAAAUGUCCUGUCAGAUCCAUCCCAGAAUAUGUGUACUGAAAUAUAAAUGCAAAAUGUAAAGUGUUGGUUUCAUGAGCUGACAUACAAGAUUCCAGAAAUUUUCCGUAGGCACAAAUUGCUUAUUUCUCUCAAGUUUUGUGCAGUAAUGUGUUUACAUCCCUGUUAGUGAGCAUUUCUCCUUUGCCAAGACAAUCCAUCCACCUGACAGGUGUGGCAUAUCAAGAAUCUGCUUAAACAGCAUGAGCAUUUGCACAGGUGCACCUUCUGCUGGGACAAUAAAAGCAUACUCUGAACUGUUUUGUUCACACAACACAAUGCCAAAGAUGUUUUGAGGGAGUGUGCAAUUGUUAUGCGGACUCCAGGAAUGUCCACCAGAGCUGUUGCCAGAGAGUUGAAUGUUAAUUUCUCCUCCGUAAGCAACCUCCAGCGUCGGUUUAGAGAAUGUGGCAGUACAUCCAACCUGGCUUCACAAUCGCAGACCAUGUGUAACCACGCCAGCCCAGGACCUCCACAUCUGGCUUCUUCACUUGCGGGAUUGUCUGAAACCAGCCACCCCUUUUUUGUGUGGAAAAACUCAUUCUGAUUGGCUUAAAAAUGUCUGUACAUCGUCAAGAUGGGAGUUCUCUAAAAUCUAGCUGUGUCGACGGGCCGGUGUGACAGUGCCAUUUGCCACACCCCCUGCCAAGCCCACCACCUAAGUCCCUUUUGGAUCCAGAAAAAACCCUAGUUUUGAUGGACAUGGAGUCUGCAUUAUGUCCCUCGUCCAAUCAGAACGGCUGCAUCCUGAACCCACUUCCUGUCUCCGAGACCAAACAGGAACAGGAAGUAGCUCCACCUCCCUGUCUGAGGGUGCACCUGUACCACCUGGGCCAGGGCGGAGCCAACAGCCAAGACCUCACCUACCCGGCAGGGGACUAUGUGGCUGAGGAGCUGUGCAUCGACGCAGCCAAGGCAUGCGGCCUGUCACCAUUGUAUUGCAGCCUGUUUGGCCUGAUGAGGGAGAGCGACCGCAUGUGGUUCCCACCCAAUCACAUCCUCAAACUCGACCAAUCAGCAAAUGACAGUCUCCUCUUCAGAGUGAGGUACUACUUCCCUGGCUGGUAUGGAGGCUCCUGUUCCCACCGCUAUGGGGUCAACAAGGGAAUGGACAGCCCGGUGUUCGACGAUACCGUCAUGUCCUACCUCUUUGCUCAGUGGCGUAGUGACUUUGUGCAUAGCUGGGUGAUUAUCCCAGUGGACCAUGAGACCCAGGAGGAGUGUCUUGGCAUGGCUGUGUUGGACAUGAUGAGGAUGGCUAAGGAGAGUAGCCAGUCCCCUGUGGACAUCUAUAACGACACCAGCUAUAAGUCGUUCCUGCCCAAGGACAUACGUGCCCAUAUCCAAGAGUACCACUUUGUGACCCGGAAGAGGAUCCGCCAUCGCUUCAGGAAGUUCAUCCAGCAGUUCAGCCAGUGUAAAGCCACGGCUCGUGACCUCAAGCUCAAAUACCUGGUGAACCUGGAGACGCUGCACCCAGCCUUCUACUCAGAGUGCUUCCGUGUCACUGAGUCCUUGGAAGGAGAGGUCACCAUCGUUGUCACAGGAAACAACGGCAUCCAGUGGUCCCGGGAGGAGGAUAAGGAGGCAGACAAGGGUUUCCAGACGUACUGUGAUUUCCCUGAAGUUAUUGACAUCAGCAUCAAACAAGCCAACAAGGAUGGCUCUAUCGAGAGUCGUAUCGUCACCAUCAACAGACAGGACAGUCAGACUCUGGAGCUGGAGUUCCGUUCCCUGUCGGAGGCUCUGUCCUUUGUGUCUUUGGUGGAUGGCUACUACCGGCUCAUAGCCGACGCUCACCACUUCCUGUGUAAAGAGGUGGCGCCCCCUAGGCUGCUGGAGGCCAUUCAGAGUUACUGCCAUGGUCCAGUCUCGAUGGACUUUGCUAUCGGUAAGCUGCGGCGGUCUGGGAAUCAAAAGGGUCUGUACAUCCUCCGUAGCAGCCCUAAGGACUACAACAAAUACUUCCUGUCUUUUGUAGUGGGCUGUGACAGCCUAGUUGAGUACAAGCACUGCCAGAUAGUGAAGACGGAUCAGGGAGACUACAUCCUCUCUGGGGCCACGAAGAGUUUUGCUUCUCUGAGGGAGCUGCUCCACCGCUACCAGAAGGAAGCUCUGCGCUCUGACGGACACAUCUUCCAGUUCACCAAGUGCUGCCCGCCUAAAGCGAAAGACAAGUCUAACCUGUUGGUGUGCCGCAGUAACCAGGGUGCUGAGGUUCCCCUGUCCCCCUCUCUGCACAGACACAACAUCAGCCAGAUGGUCUUCCACAAGAUACGCAAGGAGGAUCUUGUCAUCAAAGACAGUCUGGGUCAGGGGACGUUUACUAAGAUCUUCUGUGGCGUGAGGAAGGAGCUGGGAGACUACGGAGAGAUUCACCAGAUGGACGUCCUUGUUAAGAUCCUGGAUAAGGCUCACCGAAACUACUCUGAGUCGUUCUUUGAAGCCGCCAGUAUGAUGAGCCAGCUAUCCCAUAAGCACCUGCUCCUCACCUAUGGCGUGUGUGUCUGCGGAGAGGAGAACAUGAUGGUGCAGGAAUAUGGGAAGUUUGGCUCCCUGGAUACAUACCUGAAGAAGAAGAAGAGCUCUGUGAACAUCACCUGGAAGCUAGAGGUGGCCAAGCAGCUGGCCUGGGCUAUGCAUUACCUGGAGGACAAGAGCCUGGUCCAUGGGAACGUGUGUGCCAAGAACGUCCUGUUGAUCCGAGAGGAGGACAGGAAGACUGGGAACCCUCCCUUCAUCAAACUGAGUGACCCUGGAAUCAGCAUCACUGUGCUGCCCAAAGAUGUCCUUGUGGAGCGCAUCCCCUGGGUACCUCCAGAGUGUUUAGAGGAGGACAGACAUCUGACUCUGGCUACAGAUAAGUGGGCCUUCGGCACCACUCUGUGGGAGAUCUGUAGUGGAGGAGACAGACCACUCAGCACACUGGACUGCUCCAAGAAACGUCUGUUCUAUGAAGACCAUCACCAGCUGCCUGCUCCUAAGUGGACAGAGCUGGCCAACCUGAUCAACAGCUGUAUGGACUAUGAGCCGUCCAACAGACCCUCCUUCAGAGCUGUUAUCAGAGACCUCAACAGCCUCUUCACACCAGAAGGUGUUGAUUGUGUCCUGUCUCCUGCUGCAGACUAUGAGUUGCUGGUGGAGAGUGACAUGGUGCCCAACAGGGCCAGAGGGUUUGGGUUCCCAGGGGCCUUUGAGAACCAAAACCCUGCUCAGUUUGAAGAGAGACAUCUCAUCUUCCUCAAGCAGCUGGGCAAGGGUAACUUUGGCAGUGUGGAGAUGUGUAGGUAUGACCCUCUGCAGGAUAACACUGGGGAGGUUGUGGCUGUCAAGAAGCUGCAGCACAGCACAGCAGAACACCUCCGAGACUUUGAACGGGAGAUAGAGAUCCUCAAGUCCCUUCAGCAUGACAACAUCGUCAAGUACAAGGGAGUGUGUUACAGUGCUGGCCGGAGGAACCUGCGUCUCAUCAUGGAGUACCUCCCCUACGGCAGUCUGAGGGACUACCUCAUCAAGAACAAGGCCCGCUUCGACUACAAGAAGCUCCUGCACUACGCCUCACAGAUCUGCAAGGGCAUGGACUACCUGGCGACCAAACGCUACAUCCACCGUGACUUGGCCACGCGUAACAUCCUGGUAGAGAGUGAGCUGAGGGUGAAGAUAGGGGACUUUGGCCUUACCAAGGUCCUGCCUCAGGACAAGGACUACUACACUGUCAGAGAGCCGGGAGAGAGCCCCAUCUUCUGGUAUGCCCCGGAGUCUCUGACAGAGAGUAAGUUUUCAGUGGGCUCUGACGUGUGGAGCUUUGGAGUGGUCCUCUAUGAGCUGUUCAGUGACAAGAACUGCAGUCCUCCGGCAGCGUUCAUGGAUAAGAUGGGCCGUGACAAGCAGGGUCAGAUGAUAGUGUAUCACCUCAUAGAUCUCCUGAAGAAAGGAUACAGACUGCCUGCUCCCCUGGGAUGCCCUGAGGAGAUCCAGCACAUGAUGACCGAGUGCUGGAACAUUGACCCAGCCCUACGGCCCACCUUCAAGAAGUUAGCCCAGACCGUGGACCUGUUCCGGGACAGUAAGGAGGGCUGAGGAACCCUUCCUGGAGGUCUCUGCUGGAGGGGCCUGGCCCAGCCCACACCGAUCACCUGGGUUGUGUUCAUUAGGCACCAAACGGACUGAAAGGGAUUACCUGGACUUGUCCAAUAAGAAACGCUCAGUUUCCUUUUCUGUUGCAAAGCGCUUUGCUACGGUGUGCCCUAAUGAAUACAUCCCUGACGACGCCUCAACUCUAAAAGACGACGACAUUGAAGUCACCUGACCCAACCGUCUUCUGGAGCAGAGCACAGAAAACGGGGGAGUAUUACCAAUGGCAUUCUGGGACAAAGUCUCAAAAAUGGUCUACUUUGUGAUCAAACCUAGCCACUUUCUCAGGGAUUCUGGGGAUCUCUGAAAUUACCAUAUGCUGUUACUUCGUUGCCGUCAUUUCUCCAUUUGGAGACGUUUUCACUGUUUGACUUCUUUCAGACUCUCUGACUCUCUCCAGCACAGAACACCCAGCUGUUGAUGAUGUGUUAACGGCAACACAGAACACCCAGCUGUUGAUGAUGUGUUAACGGGAACACAGAACACCCAGCUGUUGAUGAUGUGUUAACGGCAACACAGAACACCCAGCUGUUGAUGAUGUGUUAACGGGAACACAGAACACCCAGCUGUUGGUGAUGUGUUAACGGGAACACAGAACACCCAGCUGUUGAUGAUGUGUUAACGGGAACACAGAACACCCAGCUGUUGGUGAUGUGUUAACGGGAACACAGAACACCCAGCUGUUGGUGAUGUGUUAACGGGAACACAGAACACCCAGCUGUUGGUGAUGUGUUAACGGGAACACAGAACACCCAGCUGUUGGUGAUGUGUUAACCGGAACACAGAACACCCAGCUGUUGGUGAUGUGUUAAAGGGAACACAGAACACCCAGCUGUUGGUGAUGUGUUAACGGGAACACAGAACACCCAGCUGUUGGUGAUGUGUUAACGGGAACACAGAACACCCAGCUGUUGAUGAUGUGUUAAAGGAGACACAGAACACCCAGCUGUUGAUGAUGUGUUAAAGGAGACACAGAACACCCAGCUGUUGAUGAUGUGUUAAAGGAGACACAGAACACCCAGCUGUUGAUGAUGUGUUAAAGGGAACACAGAACACCCAGCUGUUGAUGAUGUGUUAAAGGAGACACAGAACACCCAGCUGUUGAUGAUGUGUUAAAGGAGACACAGAACACCCAGCUGUUGAUGAUGUGUUAAAGGGAACACAGAACACCCAGCUGUUGAUGAUGUGUUAAAGGAGACACAGAACACCCAGCUGUUGAUGAUGUGUUAAAGGAGACACAGAACACCCAGCUGUUGAUGAUGUGUUAAAGGAGACACAGAACACCCAGCUGUUGAUGAUGUGUUAAAGGAGACACAGAACACCCAGCUGUUGAUGAUGUGUUAAAGGAGACACAGAACACCCAGCUGUUGAUGAUGUGUUAAAGGAGACACAGAACACCCAGCUGUUGAUGAUGUGUUAACGGCGACACAGAACACCCAGCUGUUGAUGAUGUGUUAAAGGAGACACAGAACACCCAGCUGUUGAUGAUGUGUUAACGGCGACACAGAAGGCACGUGAGGGAAAGCAACACAGAAUAUGUACUGUACAGUUAGUAAAGGAUGUUCAACUGCCUUCUUCCUUAACUCAAGUGGAUUAUGUCAAACCACAUUUCUCUUUUUCACCUAAGGGAAGAACUAAUAAAGCAAUACUGCUUUUAGAGACACAAAGACGUGGGAGGAAAGGGUGAUGAAAAAACAAUGAAGGGAGAUGUUUGACAAAGGGUGCAACGUUUAUUUCUGUUUCCUCUAAGCACCCGCCUACUUAUCGUCGUACCCUGAAAUCUUGGGCUCUUGCAAAGUAACAUGCAGAAGGAAUUGUUGACUUAUGUGCUUCCACUUUUAUAAUAUUCUAUAACUUGACGAGUCUAGGAUGCUGUGCACUGUCAGUUGGAAAAUGUCUUCAUUAUAGUGUCGCUACAUAGCAAUAUUUGGAAUGAGACUGACUAAAUGGUGUAGGUGAAAGCAUCAACAGACGAGAAGUGCAGAGAUGAGGUGGAAUUUCAGUUCAUGGACAUUUAAAUAAGUAUGCAGGUAGCCUAGUGGUUAGAGCAAACGAUCUCUGGUUCGAUUAUAUCCAAGCCGACAAGGUGAAAAACUGUCCAUGUGCCCUUGAGCGAAGUACUUAAUUUACUCCAGGGGCGUUGUACUACUGUGGUUAAAACAACACAUUUCACUACACCUAUCUGGUGUGUAACAAAACACAUAGUGCCCCCCUGUGACAAAACACAUAGUGCCCCCCUGUGACAAAACACAUAGUGUCCCCCUGUGACAAAACACAUAGUGCCCCCCUGUAACAAAACACAUAGUGCCCCCCUGUAACAAAACACAUAGUGCCCCCCUGUAACAAAACACAUAGUGCCCCCCUGUAACAAAACACAUAGUGCGCCCCCUGUAACAAAACACAUAGUGUCCCCUGUAACAAAACACAUAGUGUCCCCCUGUGACAAAACACAUAGUGCCCCCUGUGACAAAACACAUAGUGCCCCCUGUGACAAAACACAUAGUGCCCCCUGUGACAAAACACAUAGUGCCCCCUGUAACAAAACACAUAGUGCCCCCUGUAACAAAACACAUAGUGCCCCCCUGUAACAAAACACAUAGUGCCCCCCUGUGACAAAACACAUAGUGACCUGUCCUGUGACCUGUCCAUACAGAGUCAUCGUGAAGAACAUGCCCAUAGAGAUGCAAUGUAAUGCUGUCUUUAAUUCUGUCAGAGUGACUCUAUGAUCUGUAACUGUAAAGCAGCAAUGUGGGCUGACAGGCUUUGUUUGUCUCACUACUCUAUUGUAAUAAUGGAGUUUUAGCCAGCGAUCAUCAACUAGAUCCAGAAGCAGGCCGAUAUGUUUUUUUUUUUCUUGAGCGGAUGGUCAGAGGGUUGGAAAAUAAUUACAAAUAAUUUGUGAACAGCAAAUUGACCGCAAGAAGCACAAACAGAUGUUUGUCUAAAACAUAAUAAUUUUUUACAACAUUUUUGCUCAGAAUAAAACCACCCAUGGUUCAAAUUUGGCCCACGGGCCGCCAGUUGGGGCACCCUGGUUUAACCUGUCUGCUUGUUUGUUGCUGUCUACCUUUUAUUGAAUGUUAUGGUAGCUGUGCUGACAGUCAUACAUGAUGCCGUCAUGUCAAGGUCAGUGUUUUGUGUGAACAUGUUUUUUUUUUUUCAUUAAAAAAAAAUCAUAACAUGAUCAUGAAGAAGUGGGAAGUAUUUAGUAAAAAAUGUAUUUUUUAUAUUUUUAUAUACAAGCCAGUAUUUCCCUGUGUUUGCGUGUUGAAUGUAAAUCUGCUGUUGUUGAAUAUGAAUAAUAAUCCAAAGGCUAAAUUGAUUGUAAACGAUCAGCUAUUUUAUAUCAAAGCAGUCAAUGUUAUUGCAGAACUGGUCAGAAAUGGCUUUUGUUGCUUUGGGUAACCUUCAUGUUUUUUUAUUUAUUUAUAAGAGAGCCACUAUUAAAGUUGAACUGCAAUGUUA